AUGGCGGCGCCCCAUGCCGUGGAUGGAGUGGAUGGAGGCAGCAGGGAAACAGAGCUGAUUCUACCUGAUUCAUCAUCCAGCGGAGGCGAAAAACGACCUCAGUUCGGGACUCGUUUCCUCACAGACCCGCGGCAGGUUUUCCAGCAUAACGCAUGGGACAAUGUGGAGUGGACCGAAGAACAAGAAACAGCUGCAAAAAAGAAAGUCCUAGAAAACAAUCAACCACUGCCCCAAGAGAAACAAGAUGAAUACGACACCAGGGCAAAUGAGUACUGGAAUGACUUCUACACAGUCCACGAGAACCGUUUCUUCAAAGAUCGACACUGGCUCUUCACAGAAUUCCCAGAACUUGCUCCACAGUUCAGCCUUAAACAAGAAUCCCAUCUUGAAGAAUCUGAAGCAGCCAGUACUGGGGAUCAAGAACAGAGCCAGGAAGUGGAACCUAUUUCUCUCAGUGAUGGAAACUUUCCUGGCUCCACUGCAACAUAUCGCAUUCUGGAGGUUGGUUGUGGUGUGGGCAACACAGUGUUUCCAAUUCUGAAAACCAACAAUGACCCCGGACUCUUUGUUUACUGCUGUGAUUUCUCCAACACCGCUGUCGAGUUGGUCAAGACUAAUCCAGAGUACGACCCCGGGCGCUGCUUUGCCUUUGUUCACGAUUUGAGUGAUGUGGAAGCCAAUUACCCCAUCCCAGAUGGAAGCCUUGAUGUUCUAGUGCUGAUCUUUGUGCUAUCAGCAUUGCAUCCUAACAAGAUGCAGGGGUCUAUCAGUAGAUUAGCGCGGCUGCUGAAACCCGGGGGAGUGAUGCUUCUCAGGGACUACGGACGCUAUGACAUGGCACAGCUUCGAUUCAAGAAAGGAAGGUGUUUGUCAGAAAACUUUUACGUUCGUGGUGAUGGAACACGAGUAUAUUUCUUCACUCAAGAUGAGCUGCAUGAGUUGUUCACUGCAGCAGGACUUGAAAAAGUGCAGAACCUCGUAGACAGGAGGCUGCAGGUGAACAGAGGGAAGCAGCUCACCAUGUACAGAGUGUGGAUCCAGUGCAAGUACCGCAAACCGGCUGAGACGCAGAGCUGAGUCAGAAGAAUAGACUGGACCGGUCUGACCUUUAAUCACAACUGAGCUGAAACCGAAGUGAUUGUGGAUUGUAUAAAAAUGAGAAGCUCCGUUGUGAUUGUGAUAAAGGAAUCAACUGGAUAGUGAUGUAUUACACUAUCAGUUGACAAUAUUGAUAAACUCAUUUCACUGCUUGUAUCCCUCAUGUUGCUGCAAUCACAGCUACAACAGUGAUUAUUUCUCAUUUUCUGAGAGAAGGCUGGUUAUACCUGGUUCAAUAUUUUUAUUCUACCAGAGGGUGUUUUUAAUGAUCUGUUUUUGGAAUAAAUGCAAUGACUUUUAAAAAAAAAACUUCAUUCCUUUUUUGUAUGUGUACAGUGAAUAAACAUCUAAACCAUGGAUGG